CGAUGAUGAACUAAGAAAGGUAAAAAGAGAGGGAUCGUAGCGUGCAGACCAAAAAGGAAGGAGGGAGGCUGGUGUCAAUUUGCUUUUUUCCUGCCUGUUCAGUGUCUUUAAUACCAGCGAAACGAUACCAAGACAACAACACUUUGCCCAUUUUUUGAUUCCCUUCGGCUGUCACGUCUUGCUGCUAUUCUACCCUUAAACCUGGGGGCCUUAAAUCUGAUCCGCAUACAGUCAUUAACCUCUGUCACCCCUUCACCUAACCUUAACUGUGAUCUUAUCCCGCCUAUGACAGCAUACCUGGAUUAACAAUUCAUCUGAAAUCAAAGCAAUGCAGACGGUAACUGGAAGCCAGGGCUAAAAUUAACACUGAUGGGUCUCGACGAGGGCCUGAGAACGCAGAAAUCAUUCAUGAUGGACGCUGGGGAAACACACACAAGGAUGAUUCAAUGAAAUGAUUCAAUGAUGUAAGGUAUUUCAUUUACAUUUAUUGAUAUGAUGUUGUAAUUAUAGGAGCAUGGAAAGUACUUUAAAACAUACACAAAUACACCAAAAGACAAUGAAGUGUUUAGAUAAAGCAUUGUGGAAUAAUGCAGAUUAGGUGUGUGGCAAAAAACAAUGAAUUUAUAACGUCCAAUUAUAUAGUGUCCAAUUACUUUUAGUUUAGCAGACUUCACAGGGUCAUAGAUAACGCACCUACAAGAUUGAAUUACAAGAGAUGUACCAACUUCAGUGCUAUUUUUAGAGCACCGUGAAAGCAACCCCUGAUCAGCUAAUGCAGAAAUAUUUUUUAAGAUAGUUACAGUAAAACAAGUGAUUGGAAAAAAUAGUGUAAAAAUUGAUUGUUCAAUCAUUUUGAACAACUGACGCCCCAUGUGCCAUUUCAGUGGUGGUUCUUUUGUACAACCACUAGAGGUCGCCAAAAGACUGCACACUAGAUUACUACGCCACACCAAAGCAUACUGCAAUCACAAUACGUAUUUAUGGGAAUCAUUUAUAGAUAAACGUCGAUUAUGUUGAUGUCUUAAUAGAUGUUAUGAUUUUCACCAGUCUUCUCCUGGGAUUCGCGGUAAAUCAUGCUUUAAAUCAGUUUUACAAGUUGUCCUUCAAUUUUCCGUUUAUGACUUAUAUUGGGAGCAGUCCUAGAUCAGUGCGAAAGGAAAACGGUUUAUUGUUUGUCACCAUUAAAUCGCCUGUUUCAUCGCCAGAGUGUUAAGGAACUUGCAUUUUGCCGUUAAAAGUUCCCUUGUAAACGGGACAUAUCGCCCUCCGAAGGGCCUUUCGGGAAGGGGACACCACACAAAAUGUUACUCAAAAUAAAGAGAAAAUUACUUUUUUUAUUGCUCCUUUUGCCAAGUGAAUUUUAAACGGACACAUUAAGGGAGUUGCGUUUUUCCCUCUAGAGUUUACAAAUCAAGAGUUUUACUCUUCGAAGGGAGUAGGGCAUAGGGGUGAACACUUCGGAAUGGAACGCAGGGUAGGCGUACGCCAGUUCAUAUGGGCCUUAAAACUACAAAUCCACUAAUGCAACUGAGGCAGAAACUACAGACAUUUGGACGCGCCUAUAACUGGACUUGGGGGUAAACCGCCCGGACUUAGAAAACUGUAAGAGUACGUUUCUUACUAAACGUAUACAUAAAACGACAAGUCACAAACUACGUUUUACUUUAACGAUUUAUAGUAUCACCUAACACAGUUAAAGUAAACCCUAAAUGUACAACAAAGAAUUGUUACAUCCCGUAAUGAAAGCAGAAAUGGUACGAUCUCGAAUGGCCCACACAUAUGUUUCACAGGGGGUGUACAAGAACCAUGUUGACCUAUUACAGAAAAAAAGCGGCAGAUAUGAAACAAAGUUUCCAGGCGUAAAUUUCCACAUAAAGAUUAUAUUAUGACAUUACCAUUAAUAUGUCUUUAAACUUGAAAAUUUUGUAAAAACGACAUACAGCCAUUAGCCAUACCUCCCCUAUUUUCCACACAUGCUCUGCGCGAGUAGACUCCGGCUGUCCCUCUUUGUCCGGCAACGAGUAGGCCGUAAUUAACAUGGCCAAUUUCGCGUUUGGGGAUAAAUAUUAAAUCGUAAGUCUAUUUGACAUUGAUUGUUUGUCAUAUAAGGGUUGCCAUCCAUGUCUUGAUGCAACAGUCAGGUGUAUAUGAAUGAGCUGUGUGAGCAACGUUUCACAAUUGUACCUUGCUUGCUGAUGGCUAAACGGCUAACGGUAGCUAUGUAGCGCAUUCAAUUCACGUUUGAAUUAAAUUACCGAUGAAUUUGCGCUUAACGCGUGAUUUACGCUCGCGUUACGCGUUCCGAUCAAUCGGGCCGUUUAAAAUGGGGUCAAAUGCUUUGUGUGUUUGCAUCUAAAUGUCAUUUAGACAGCAGUCCAGGUAGAGACACAUCUGUAUGUGAUCACAUUGCAGACAGGCAGAUGUGCAAUCACAUUCAGUCCAUUCUGAUCACAUUAAUUUUGCGUUACAUGCUAUUACAGCGGCCGGUUUGCGUGCUUGCAAAAAUCUGACGUUGCGUUUUCACGUCUGUGAUGCUUAAGCAAAUCACAUAACUAUUUGAGUGUAAACGUGCAGAAUAUGACAAAUCUGAUUUAGGGCCCUAAUGCAUCCUUCAGACAUGUUAUUAAAUAGGUGCUCGACUUCAUUACCCUAUUGGUGAAGUUGCAUUUGAGUUUUUGGGACGGCGGGGUGAUACUCGUUGGACCCGAGGAGGUAUUUGUCAAAUAUACUCAUUUCUGUAAAUGAACGGUGUUAUGGCACCGCAUCGACACUCAUUUUAAUGGCGGGACAGCAGGCGGGACAGAGUCAAGGAAAACGAGGCAAAGGUUCCCAGAUGAAGAGCCCGGAGAAAAAAAAGAGGAAAUCUAACGCUCAGGGGGCAUCGUUCUCCCACCUCUCUGAGUUCGCACCCCCUCCCACUCCGAUGGUGGAUCACCUGGUGGCCUCUAACCCUUUUGACGAUGACUUUGGUCCUCCAUCACGACCUGUCGGUGGAGGAGGUCCAGGUGGUGCCCCUUUUCUGUCCAGCCCAGGGGCAGGUGGAGGAGGCUACAGUGGGCCCGGUCGAAUGACAGCAGGUUUGGGAUUCAUGGGUGGCCCUGGAGGACCUGGAGGCGGACAGCCUGGACGAAGACCUCCUUUCGGUCCCCCGACACCAAACGCUGGACCACACCACCCUCUUGGGUUUGGGGGCAUGCCGGGCUUUGGAGGUGGUGGAGGCGGAGGAGGUGGCGGAGGAGGUUUUCCACCCGGUGGGCCAUCACAGUUUAACAUGCCGCCCAAUUUUAGCCCUCCCAUGCACCCUGGACAGGGCUUCAACCCAAUGUUGUCACCUGGAGCAAUGGGAGGUGGACCGGGUGGUGGAGGAGGUCCGCCUCAUCCUCGGUUUGGGAUGCCUCAGCAACAGCCUCCACAUGGACAGGGAGGCCAUCCCUUUAACAGCCCACCCUUACCUGGAGGACACGGUCCCCGUGGGCCCCCACAUGGCCCCAUGAACCCUAUGGGGGGUAUGGGAGGAGGAAUGAACAUGAUGGGAAUAGGUGGUGGCGGUGGGGGUAACAUGGUGGGUGGACACCCAGGUAUGGCUCCACAAGGACAGUUUCCACCUCCACAAGAUGGGCCAUACCCUGGAUCUAGUCCUCCUUUAGGUGAAGAUGGAAAGAACUUUGGCGGUGGUCCAGGUGGAGGUCCACCUGUUCCAUCUCAACAGCAACCACCCAACAUGAAUCCCUCUGGUCCUCCAUCCAACAAUGCUACCCCCGGUCCAUCCCCAGCUCCUGGACCCCCGCAUCCUGGAGGAGGUUUCCCAGGCCAUCCAGAUGUUUCCCAACCCAACCCCAAUACACCAGGGCAACCCCAGUCGGCUCCCGCACCCCCCAAUCCCAACUCUUCCCCAACAGGCCCUCUUAAUGGUCCACAGCCUCAACAAGCACCAACCAAUCAGCAUCCACCACCAAACUCCACCGGCGGUCCUGGUCCAAACACUCCGUCCAACCAGCAGCAACCGACACCACCAAACUCCACCCCGGGGUCCGCCCCCUACAACCAGCAGAACAAUGCUUCCGGAGGUCCGAUGCCAAACCAGCCACCCAACUCCAACCAGAACAACCUUAACAACAGCAGUGGUGGCAACACCCCAGGUAAUAACCCUAAUCCUCCAUCCAACUCUAACUCUACACCCAACACCCAGUCCCCUCUUCCCAGCGGGCCUGCUCCAACAUCUGCCGGCCCAGGCUCGGGGCCCCCAAAGCUGGGUGGAGGCAUGGUGUUCCCCUGUGGCCUCUGCAUGUCAGAAGUGCACGAUGACCAGGAGGCCAUCUUAUGUGAAGCUUCAUGCCAACGUUGGUUCCAUAGAGACUGCACGGGCCUAACCGAGCCAGCUUAUGGGUUGCUAACCAGGGAAAGUGCCGCAGUGUGGGCCUGUGACUUCUGUCUCAAGACAAAAGAGAUUCAAGCUGUUUAUGUGCGUCAGGGACUGGGCCAGCUUGUGGCUGCAAAUGAUGGUUAAAAGACUUCAGAUGGUUAAAGAAGGGGGAUAAGAUAUUAGAUUUUUUUCUUGGUGCUUCAUGUCAUGUGUUUCACAGUGAAAUGGAGAAUGGAACUGAAUAAAAAGACCGAGAACCAGGAGAGCGAGAGAAACCAGAACGUCAGACUUUGAAUCUGAUGCUACACCUUGCAUUGUUCUUCAGACCACAUAAGCACUUUUAGGGCCCCUGUUUCUGAACGAAACACAAUCAGAUUUAAAGACUUUGUUGUAUAUAGAAACCAUGACACACUUUUAAAACUUCAGUUCUCAUACUCUUCUUUUAGGUUUUCACUUUACCUUGGUGACAAAAAUUUGAGAAUAAGCAUUUUCUGGCAGUAGUGGAAAAUCUGACAUUUGAUAGGUAUGUACAAGAAUUCAAGCAUUUGUGAUGUACCCCAGAUCUGCCCAAUUUUAUUUCCACAAAAUCCAGCUUGUUGAUCUGCAAAGCACUGAUGCCAACUUUCUACCUCAAAAAUUCGACAAAUGUCUGGCAAAGAACGCUUUAGCAAUGACUGAUGUUAAAGCAAGUGUGUAGUCACCACACAACCUCUCUUCUCACUGAUCUCCAUUUCAGUACAUCCAAAGGCAACCGUCAGUUUAGACAUGUAGUUAAAGAACAUUUACUGCGUCCAUCAUGGAAUACAGGGGUGUUUUUUUUUAAGACAAGAGAUGAGGGUCCUGCUAUUCUCUGUCAAUAAAAUUCUUGAUUGUUUUUCUUUAUGUACAGCUACUCACUGUUUUUUUUACACAAAAGUGGAUAAUGGUGGCUGGUGGCAUAGCAAAUAGUGGUAAUCCAUAACCAUAUCAAUGUACGUAUGUAUUCUAAGGAUUGCAUGUGAACCAAUGCAGUACUUCGUCAGAUCUGUUUUAAUCGUAACUUUUCAUUGUUCCCAUUAAGCCUCCACCUGGGCUAUGAAGUAGACCAAAUAACAGGACGAAGUAAAAUGAUGUUGCAGAGUACGAUGUUUGCAAUUUCUUUCUUUCUCUUUUUUACAUUUGUCCAAGUUGCCUUUUUCUCAUUUGUUUCGGUUUAAUGUACUUGUGUGUAUUCUGUUCAAUGUGCUUGCUCUGGUGCCCUCCAUUUGCAUUUUGCAGUACUAUAGGGGUAUGCAGGGUUCAGGCUCUUUACUGUAAGAAGUAAACUGAAUUGUUUUUUUUU